CCGUGGGCGCGGAGGCAGGCAGGCGGCUGGCUGGGGAGGCACGGGCCGGGCUGCUGCGUUCCAGCCUGGCCAUGGCAGCGGCUCCCCUGAAAGUGUGCAUCGUGGGCUCGGGGAACUGGGGUUCAGCUGUUGCAAAAAUAAUUGGUAAUAAUGUCAAGAAACUUAAGAAGUUUGCCUCCACAGUCAAGAUGUGGGUCUUUGAAGAAACUGUUAAUGGGAGAAAACUGACAGACAUUAUAAAUAAUGACCAUGAGAAUGUGAAAUAUCUCCCUGGACACAAGCUGCCAGAAAAUGUGGUUGCCGUCCCAAACCUCAGCGAGGCCGUGCAGGAUGCAGAUCUACUGGUGUUUGUCAUUCCUCACCAGUUCAUUCACAGAAUCUGUGACGAGAUCACUGGCAGAGUGCCCAAGAAAGCACUGGGAAUCACCCUCAUCAAGGGCAUAGACGAGGGCCCUGAGGGGCUUAAGCUCAUUUCUGACAUCAUCCGGGAGAAGAUGGGCAUCGACGUCAGCGUGCUCAUGGGAGCCAACAUCGCCAGUGAGGUGGCAGCAGAAAAGUUCUGUGAGACCACCAUCGGCAGCAAAAUAAUGGAGAAUGGCCUUCUCUUCAAAGAACUUCUGCAGACUCCGAAUUUUCGAAUUACUGUGGUUGAUGAUGCAGACACUGUUGAACUUUGUGGUGCUCUUAAGAACAUCGUAGCCGUGGGCGCCGGGUUCUGCGACGGCCUCCACAGUGGAGACAACACGAAAGCUGCCGUCAUCCGCCUGGGGCUCAUGGAGAUGAUCGCCUUCGCAAGGAUCUUCUGCAAGGGCCAGGUGUCCAUGGCCACCUUCCUGGAGAGCUGCGGCGUGGCCGAUCUGAUCACCACCUGCUACGGAGGCCGGAACCGCAGGGUGGCCGAGGCGUUUGCCAGAACUGGGAAGACCAUCGAAGAGCUGGAGAAAGAGAUGCUGAAUGGACAGAAGCUUCAGGGCCCUCAGACCUCUGCAGAAGUGUACCGGAUCCUGAAGCAGAAGGGGCUGGUGGACAAGUUCCCGUUGUUUACUGCUGUGUAUCAGAUCUGCUAUGAAGGCAAACCCGUGCAAGAGAUGCUGUCUUAUCUCCAGAGCCAUCCAGAGCACGUAUAAAGGGGCUCAGGCGGUGUGUGGGGGACCAUGCUGCCUUUCUGAUCGGUCUUUCUUGUUCAGAUGGAAACUGGGACUUGGCAAUAUGAUGUCCGCUUGACCGUAAUCCCAUCAUGGGUGUGCGUAUGACUUUUUACCUGUUUAGUUUUGAAUUGCGAGAUGCAGUUUGUUGGCUAAGAUGUGAUGGGCAACAACUAGACACGUGUGAGUGUGUGUGUCUGUGUUCAUUUCUCAUGCUGUGGAUGUUUCUAUGAACCAAAAUUAAAGGUCCUUUUUAAAAAUUACUUUGAAAAUUUCCCACCAUGGUAGCUUUGCAGAUGGGAACUAGCUCAGCUAAAUUUUGUACCAUGAGUCCAUAUGCAUUUGAGUGAAGGAAUUUUUUUUCCCUCAUCAUCUUGAUGUUAAAACUGAACCAGCAUUAACAUGGUAGAACGGGGGAGUGAGUGUGUUCAAAGAUCAACAUACUGUAACUUAAACUCUAUCUCAAAGCCAGCAUAGUUAACUACUUCGAUUGUGGGUUGAUUUUCUUUUUUUUUUUUUUUAACAAUUAGAUAUUUUUAAUUAGGUGAUCCACUUAUAUAUCUUCCUCUUGCCGCAGUUUUCUGCAUUUUUAGCCUCUUUUCUCUUCGUCAGCUGCCAGAACGUGCUUUCAUAAAGGCUAGGCAGUGGCGGAAGGCAGAAAAUGCAUCAGGGACUUUCCUGCUGUGACUGACGCAUUCUUCUGAUUAAAGACACUCAUGUGAUGCUUUUUGUUAGGCAGACCUUUGUACAAACAUCUCUUCUCAGAUCCACUGAAAGAGGGGGGCUCCUCCUACUCCUCUUUUGAGUUGCAGUCGCUGUGCCUGGCGUGAAGGGGUGGAGCUGGGAGUCAAGUCCAGUGUUCCCCGCAACCCACCAGAGGCUUCCAGCCGCUGACAUUUGUAUGGGGCAUUGUCUAGAUGGAUGCCACUCAGAGCACGGUCCCCACUCCAUCAGCUUCACUUGGAGUCUCUUAGAAAUGCCGGGUCCUGGGUCCCACUCCAGACCUCUGAAGCAGGGUGAGGUAUCUAUACUUUAAUCUGCCUUCCAUGCCUUCCUAAUGCUCACUACAAGUUGAGAACCACUACUUUUGAAACUCUACCCAGAUUGGCACUUCUCAAAUCAUGUUCCAUAGCAAAUGAGUGUCCUGGCAUCACAGGCUGUUCAGGUGUCCUCUGGCAAGGUCAAGUGUGUCUGGGAAAAGAUGCCUCUGCACACCCCUCUUGAAGGUGUAGAAUGUGUUCAGUGUGUCAGUGGAACGUCUCUGAGCCAGCAAGUUCCCAAACACAUCAGACCACGGGGAUGUUCUUGGCAAAGAAACUUGCUGAGUUUUCAAGGGACUGCUGCUCUAGGCUGAGGUGACCUGGGGAUGGCUUGAGCAUACCCUUCGCUCCCUGCACAAGUUAGGAUGAAUAACUACGCACCUGUGGUAUUGUCAGCUCUGAGCUUUAACAGUUCAGGCCUGCCAUGACUCUUCGAUGUUGAUGAAGCUUUAUCUAAGGUGACACUGUCAAGUACAACCAAGUAGGUGUCGACCUCGCUGAAACGCACAUUAUGUCAAAUAAGUGCUUUUAAUUCUAGAAUUAGAAUGGGAAUCACUGCGUCUUCUUAGAUGAGAUUGAUUUCAGAAUAGCAUUAUACUUACCUUACACAGCACUUGGUAAGUGUUAAGGGAACAUAAGAAUGUCACUUACAUAUUCAUGGAUUUUCAGUCACUUUGUAGGAUUUUGACUUUUUUUUGCGGUUUGGGACUUUUCCCCUUCUAUAUCUGAAAUGAUUUUUGUGGGAAUUUUAAAAACUCAAUCCAAAACAUAGGCAUUUUAAAUCCCUAUACACAGUAUAUGAAAGCACACAAAAUCUACACGUUUUAUUGAUUUUACUGUUAAGUUAAUCAAAUUUUGCUUAUCUCAUAAUUAGUCUUUUUUAAAAUUUGUAUAUAGGUAACAAAGAAUUACUUUUUAAGAUAUGUAAAGGGCUGUAAGCUAAUUGUGGUGUCUAUUAAGUAAGCUAAUUAGACGUGAGGGGUUAGGGUCUUAUCUUACAUAUAUUCUCAUCUGCAUUCAAGCUUCCUAAUCUGGGUUUUGUACUUGAUAGUUUUUUCUUUACGAAUGUUCUCUCACCAAUCUGAAGUCUGCUGACCUUACCUCUUGAACAUACUUACACUAUCCUGCACAUGACGGAAAAAGACAAAUUUGUAAGUUUGUGCUCUGCUAACUGUAGAUAUUUAUUACUCUACGAGUUAUCUAUUUUUGUAACCACCUGUGGUCCAUCAUUGAUUUUAAUUCUCAUUUCUUACUAAUUAUGGUAAUAGGGAGGGAGACAUCUAGAAGAAAAGCUUAAUUUGUACUAGUCUAGCCAAUCUGUGAAUGUAAAAACUACACUGUUGCCUUGCUAUAAUCCAGCCUACUAUAAUGUGGAACAAAUCUCUGUCUUGAAAUCCAUCCGAUCAGGUUGGAGUUCAGAUAAACUCCUGGUUUUUCAUUCAGCUCGUAACUAAAACCUGGCCCCAUGGCAUCGGCCCACGGAGGAAUGAGGCACCCGUGUGCAAAGGGAUCUUUCAUUUUUUCCACCACUUCUAAUCCAAGAGCCUUUUACUUACGUGCGUACUGUAUCUGUUUACAUACUGUAGGUGGAUAUAAUGUAAAAGCUUGAUUUAAUAAACAUUUUAAUGCCCCAAA